UGAACAAUAACUUUAUCUCUGAGAUUGAAUGUUGCGUUAACACUCAUUUCCUGAGAGCACAAAUGUGGUCAGGAUAAGCAAAAAAAAAAAAAAAAAAAAAAAAAAUGCCUCUUGACAUUGCAGGCACUCUUGCUGGGGCCCACUUCAGUUAGGGACAUUGCAGAGCUUCAACCACACGCACCAUGAUGAACUUUACCUUUAUAACAGCUUUAUUUCUCAGCAGCCUUAGCUGGAUCUCUGUCUCAGUUUCUGAGUCUCGCACUGUGGAGGUCCAGUCUGGUAAAGACGCCAUACUGCUGUGCGCCAACAUGUCCUCAUCUGAAUCUUUAACAUUCUGGUUCAGACUUGUCCAGAGAACUAAGAUCAGCUGUAUCUCUGUCAUGGUCAGCUCUAACAGCAAUGCUGAAUUCUGUGAGGGAAUCCAAGAAGGAAAAUUUGAAAUGAGAUCCAACAUAUCCACUGUCUCUCUCAAAAUCAAACAAGUGAAUCAAUCCGACUCUGGAUUGUAUUUCUGUGGAUUUUACACGAAUGGACGCCCAACUUUCAAUGUGACACAUUUGAACAUAAAAGGACUCGAUGAGCCACGUGUUGAAAAGGAAAACAAGUAUGAAAAAUCUGAUGGACUAGCAAAGUUGACGAGUGUGAUCCUUGGCACUCUGAUUGUUGUCCUUGUUAUGGUCAUCAUUGGUCUGAUUGUCAAAAUCAGGAAAUUUCAGACAGCUGAUAAAGAGGAGCAGAAAGCAGAGCAGAGUGAGAAUGAGAGCGCUGAUGAGCUGAACUACGCCGCAGUGACAUUUCGACCAGCCAAAGGAAAAAGAAGAGAGCUGGAGCAAAAUGUGGUUUAUGCUCCCGCCAAAUAGACUCAAG